AUGUCGCGGCAAAGCAACCUCUUCGACUUCUCUUUCUCUAAGAACGAUGGAGGAGUACAGAAGAAGCCUCGCCCGCAAAACCAGCAGCCCUCCCCGCAGUCAGCAUCAGCACCAGGCCACUCAUCCUCGUCAAAACCCGCCCAGAAACCAACAGACCGCUCAAGUCCAUCCCUCGCUGCCGUCGCAGCAGAAACCCGCUCCGCGCUUCCCCAGAUUCUCCCCCACCUCCCCAAUAUCAACGCUUCCAAAUCAGAAGACGUGCACCUGGACUACCUCCCGCCCCUUAAAACCUCAGCCUGCCCAGGACACGCCCCGCGAGCGAAAAUCAAAAUCGUUAACGAGGACUCGCUCAACGCUGCAAUCGAACUCGCGAGGCGACGGCCUGAUGGCGGACGUGUAGCGGUGCUCAACAUGGCGUCUGACAUCCAUGCCGGCGGCGGGUGGUUGAAGGGCGCUAUCGCGCAGGAGGAGGCCAUGUGUUAUCGCUCGUCGCUGUACCUCAGUUUGCAUAAUAGGUAUUAUCCCUUCAAGCGCCGUGGGGGACUUUACACGCCUGACGUUGUUGUCAUCCGGGGUGAUAUGGCGAGCGGUCAUACGCUUCUUGUUCCGCGGGUCGCGUAUGACGAUUUACCUGUUGUCAGUGUUCUCAGUAUUGCGGCGAUACGGAGGCCAGAUGUUGUGAAGCGGAAAAUAUCUACGCCUACGGGGGACGAGGACGUGUAUGAGUUCGCAAAGGAGACUGAUCGCACGCUCACGAUGGCGAAGAUGAGACUUUGUCUGAGGAUGUCGGCAAGUCGGGGUCACAGUCUGCUUGUGCUGGGCGCAUUGGGGUGCGGUGCAUUCAGGAACCCUCCUGAAGAGAUCGUCAAGUGUUGGCUGGAGGUUUUGGGGGAGGCCGAGUUUGGUGGUGGGUGGUGGAAAGAGGUUUGGUUUGCGGUUUACGAUCGGAAGAAUGAGGGGAAUUUUGAGGUGUUUGACGAUGCGCUGGGCGGCGUUGAGAUUUAA